AUGUCCUCAGUGGGGAAGGUGACCCACAUUCCCAGCGGGAAUGUCUACCAGCAGAUCUUCGAGGCUGAGGUACAGCUGGUCCACUCCCUGGCAUCCACCAGGAAGCGAACUAUGGAGCGUUCCAUGGCCCCAAAGGAUGGCAGGAAGCUCUUGAUGACGAAGAUGGAUAUUCGUGAAGGGGAGAUGAUGUCUCCUCGGCAGCGGAAGUGGGCGCACAGCCUACCCAAUGACUGGGUCACAGAAAACCCUGUUCUCUACAGGGAAAAAGAAAUAGCCAAGAAGGAGAAAGCUCAAGAGAGUGAGAACAGCACUGCUGCCAGAGAAGUGCGGGGCCUCCCAGACGCCCCCGUUCCUGAGAGGUUCAGCACCAUCACCCUUCAAGGGCGAGAGGAUUACAAGAGGAGGAGCUAUGAGAGUGCUCUGGCCAGCUUUAAGGAGGAGAUCGAUCAGAUUGGGAUGGAAAUGGAACCUCUCAUCGUGGAGCCAGGAGCCCGUCUUUUAAAAAAGCUGGCUGAGUCUGACGAAGACAUCAACAAUCUCUUCGAAAAGGUGGAAAACGACAGCAAGCUUGAAGACUACACCAUCCAAACCCUGUUGGAGCUGCGGGAUCAGGUGGCCGAGAAGUUCCUGCUCCAGAAGCAGGAGAUCAAGGAGCUGGAUAAGACGCUGCACUCUCUUGAGUUCUCCCGGGCAGAUAAACUAAAAAGUGUGUUGAAGAAAUAUGUGGAAAUCAUAGAGAAAACUUCCUACCUCAUGCAGCCCGACGUGUACAGGCUGAUCAAUAAAGAAGCCACGAUCAUAAACCACGCCCUGCUGGGCAACCGGAGGGCCCUCGCCCAGCUGUUUGUCAACCUGAUGGAGGCCGCGCUGCAGCAGGAGCUCGAUGGCCACCGCCGCUGGCAGGGCCUGGUGGAUGCCUGGAAGGCUCUCAAGAAGGAGGACCUGGUGCAGGGUUUCAGUGAGUUCAUGGCCAGUGAAAGGAUCCAGACUCCUCCAGCUGUGCAGAUGGAGCUGGAGACCAUGUUUAAGAACCAGAGCGCCCUGCAGCAAAAGCGGCUGGACCAUCUCUGCACCAUCUGUGACCUCCUGCCCCCCAAUUACAGCAAAGCUCAGCUGACUGAAUGGCGUUCUACUCUCAACUCCCUGAAUAAGCACCUCGACGCCUACCACGUGGAUUGCAUGAUGCGGAUCCGCUUGCAGUAUGAGAAGACCUGGCAGGAGUGCCUGGCCCAAGUGCAGAAGUGCAAGAAGCAGCUGCUGGACUGGAAGGCCUUCACUGAGGAGGAAGCAGAGAGCCUGGUGAGCCCGUCCUUCUUCCAGAUGGUGGGAAAUCUCCAGAGCAAGGCGGAGGAGGAGCUGGAGGCCUUGGAUAAAUCCUUCGAGGCCGUGGCGAAGCAGACAGAGCGGCAGAACUCAGAUCUCUUCAGCUAUUUCCAGGAGGCUGUGCAGCUGUGGGAGGUACAUCGGAGCAUGCUGUUGAUGCAGGAGCUGGAGCUCGAGAAGAGGAUGGAGCAGCAGCGGCAGAAGCACAGCCGCGAGAACCAGGCCCAGGAGGCUCACCUCGAUAAGCUCUUGGACCAACUGAGGCAGCAAAGCUGUGAGAAUACCCUGAAGUUACACCUGGUAAAGGCCAAAGAUUUUCUGAAGAAUAUGAAAUGCAGGUAUGAGAGUUCUCAUGGCCUCCUGACAAAGGAAGUGAUGGAAUACCCAGCGAUCAUACUGAAGGAACUCAACUCCUACAGCUCUACCCUCAGCCGACACUUCUGUGUUCGUGAAAUCUUUGAACAGAACCUGGAGGGUGAAGUCAUCUUCCGACUGAGGGCACCAGAACCACAUGAAAAGCAAUUCCAGGAGAGAAGGAGAAAACUGAGGGGAAAACAAAGGCCUAAAGCAGACGCGAGCAAAGGUGAGGAAAGCUUAAGUAGGGGAACGAGUUCCCUCAGGCCAGUGGAAGAGAUAGAAGAAGUAGAAGAUCAAGAAAUCGAGUCCCCCACCACUCAAGAGGUGGUAGUAAGCCCACAGGAAAAGUCUGUACUGAGUGAAGAGAUGGAUGAGUCCAGAGGGGACUCUAUUCCGGGAUUAGAAGAAAUGCAUGUUGAAAGAGACAGCUCCUUAAAAUCACCCCCGAACCAAGCAAACAUGAUGGUUCCUGAAGAAGAAGAGGAGGAGAAAAAGGAAAAGGUGGAGGAGGAGAGGGAGGAAGAGGAGGAAGAAGAGGAAGAGCGUGAGAGUUCAUCUGUGGGUGAGGUCAGAGCCCAGGAAGAGAGUCUGGGAGCGGUCUCCCAUGAGGAAAUGGAGUCCUUCACAACGUCCAGUGGGACCACUUACUUUGUCUUCCUGCCCCUGGAACAAGAAGAGAGUAGCAAGAGGCCCCAUUCCAACCUUUCUGCCAUUCUCUUCAAUGACACUUCCAGUGCCAAGGUCCUAGAACAAGUGAUCAUUCCAUCCAGACUAGUUUUAGAAAUUAAGAAACAGCUUCGAGCUGGCUUUUUUGAGCACUUAGAGAAGUGGUUUGACGAAUGUGCCCUCAAUGCCCGGGUCAUCGUGGCCACCAAGAUUGAUGAGCUGGAUUCAGAACUGGAGCUGCGUCUGCACCUGCACCAGCCAAGAGCCCAGCUCAUUGAAAAGGACAUCCACAACGUCAGGGCAGCCGAACUCUUGCUUCACCAAGAGCGGCUGGACAGCCACUGUGCGGGGGUGAUGGAGAUGCUGAGGAAGGAGAGGAGGAUGUUCUGCCAGUUCCAAGAGGAGCAGAACAUGAGGAGCAAAGACUUCCAGCGCAAGAUUUGCGACAUGGAGCACAUCUUCUUGAACGCCACCAAGAGCCAGAAGCUGGUCACUCUCAGCAGCACUCUGCACCAGGAACUGCUCAGCUACGUCGACGUCGUCCAGGUGUCCCUGCGCAGCUUCCGCCAGUACCUGGAGGAGAGCCUGGGCAAGCUUCGCUACACCAACGUUGAGUUUGUCAGGCACUGCAGAUUGUUCUCAGAGGGAGGCAACUUUUCUUCUGAAGAAAUUGACUCACUGUGUCAUCGACUGGAGAAGGAAGCUGCCCGGAUAGAGUUUGUUGAAAAUUUAAUCAUGAUCAGGAUGGAGAAGAUGGAGAGCGAGUACCUGGACCAGGCUAAUGAUAUCAUCAACAAGUUUGAAAGUAAAUUCCAUAACCUGUCUGUGGACCUUAUUUUCAUAGAGAAAAUCCAGCGGUUGCUGACAAAUCUGCAAGUGAAAAUCAAGUGCGAGGUUGCAAAAUCCAAUUUGCAAGCAGAUGGAUUAAAUUCUUCUCUGGAGCAGCUUCAAAGCAAGGUGCAAAUGUGCCGAAGCUCAAGGGGAGAUGAAAAAAUAGUGACCACAGAAGACCUCCUUGGCCUUGUUCGAACUUGGAAAGAAAAACUGAGCCCGAGGAUUCAGUAUCUCAACUGCAAGCUGAACAUGGUAUCUGUGACUCAAGUGGUCCUUACCGACAACAUCUUGACCAACCUGGUGGUAGAGAGUGACAUCCUGGUGUCUUCAGAAGCCCAUGAAGAAGAGGCCAAGGUAGACAUUGUCACCCCCGAGUCCUUCACCCAGCCAAGCCGCAUGGGGAAGUCCCUGAUUGAAGACCCAGCUGUGGAGGUGGUCAGGAGGAUCCUGCAAUUUCCUGACUCCAAAUGUCCAACCCAGCAGUGUGACAAAGAGCGGUCCCAAACAGGCUUGAAGCGACUGCGGAGCCGGGUAGACAACUCCGUGAAGAAGGGCUUGUCCACUGCCAGUGCCACCUUGGCAGCGAGCCUCCAGUGCACUGACACACCUUUGCCCCACAGCAUCACACGGUACACCAAGCCCAACAGACUAGAUAGAAAGUACCAGGUGCUCGGAGACAAGCCACCUCCUCCGGCGGAGGAUUUUAAAGGCAUCAUCCUGAGCCUCCUCUGGGAGAGCAACGAGCACCUGCUGACCAUGGUGGAGGAGUUUUACCACAAAGACAAGCACUCAAUCACCAGGCCCGACUGCAUGUACGGAACCUUUGACCAGUGCGCAGAGAACAUCUGCAGGAAGAUCCUGGUGUACCACAGCCAGGCUGACGAGUACCACAACUCCUGCCUCAUAGAAUUACGGGCCCAGAUGAGGAGAUUUGAGGAGCUAUUGCCCCAGGUGUGUUGGCUGGUGAUGGAAAAUUUCAAGGAGCACCACUGGAAAAAAUAUUGCACCUCCACCAAAGAGAUCCGGGGACAGUUCUUGAAUUAUCAGGAACAGCUGGAGAGAAGGAAGGAUGAAAAUGCCCAGAAGCUCCACCCAAAUCUUGGACACCCCGCACAUCUCCAAGAAAUGGAGUCUCUGUGUCAAGUGGAAGAGAAAAGGCAGGAAGAUUUGGACACCUUGAUUGCGGUGACCAGGGAGCAGCUGGAGGAGUUCAUCCGGAAGUACAGCCGGUUUUUCAUAGCCAGCUUGGCCACCUUCACUGAGAAGUUCCUGCUGCAGUUGGAUGAGGUGGUCACCAUUGACGAUGUCCAGGUUGCAAAGAUGGAGCCCCCGAAACAGAAAACAUCAAUCCUAAUACGGAGGAAACUCAACGGGCUCUCCCUGGAGGAAGAGAGUGAGAAGCCCCUGAUUGAACGAGGGAGCAGGAAGUGGCCAGGAAUCAAACCCACCGAAGUCACCAUCCAACACAAGAUUCUCCUCCAGAAAACACCAUCAAUCACCACCACCAAAACGACCCUGGGCCACCUGGCAUCCGUGGAAGCUCGAGAUGCUAUCUAUUUGAAAUAUUUAGCGUCAUUGGAAGAGGAGUUGAAGAAGAUCCAGGAUGACAGCACACUGCAGGUGAAGGAGGCUCAGCGCUGGAAGGACAGCUGGAAGCGCUCUGUGCACACCAUCCAGGACCUGUACUUGUGACACCCUCAACCCACUCCCAAUAAAGGCUUAUUUUGUGUGGACUCCUCAUC